GUAAUUAUUAACUAAAUGUCUCGUAUUAAAGAGCCCUGGAGGGUAUCCGGACGUGAACCUAGCCGUACCAAUGCGACCCUGUAUGCUUAGCUUGAGGCAACACACCACUGCCGAUCAGAACCCUUGAUAUGGCAACUGGAUUUAAAUAAGCAAUGCAUUUGGAGCCCUACUAGCGGGGUUCCAGGGAUCACAAGUCCCGCCUUGGUUCCUAGAAUCCCACAUCAUAGUAUGAUCCAUCAGGGGGUUCGAUGGGGCAUUUAUCCGGCGAAAUAAGAACGUCGGCUUGAAUAGUACCGUAGGUGUAUGAGCGGACCUUGUAGCUUCGAUAGCUUAGAUUGGCUCUCUUCAACUCGCCCUCGUAUCGACUAACAAUCGUCCAAUUUAUUAUGGAGUACGUUUCAGAGAUCAAAUGUGUAUUUAAUCUAUUAGUUCGCCAUGAUCAACGCUGGGGUUUUGACGCCAACGAAUUUUCUCGUUCGACCUGAGUACAUCUUAGAUUGUUCAUCGUCAUUAUGCAGUUAACCAAAGCGAGUGCGUUGCUGUUUGCCGUCGCGACUUGCACCGAGGCAGUCCGGACCAUCAUCCCCAAGACGAGCUUCAACUCUCAGUCCGACUUCGACGCCGACUGGGGCUACAACUACCCAUGGGGAACUGACCACAAUGGCGGCGCUCGUAUGGACAAAGCCCAGGUCAAGUUUUCUAACGGACAGUUGACCUUGACGGCCAAGAAAGUCUCUGGCCAGCCAGACACUACCCAAGGUGGAAAGACAAUUAAAAUCAACUACCUAUCUGGCACAAUCUAUGCCAAGGAGCAUUUCACCGUCGCAAAGGGUGGAGGAUAUGACUUUACUGGCGAAUUCAAAGCAACGACAACCAAAGGAACCUGGCCGGCUUUCUGGUUGACCGCUGUGCAGGGCUGGCCACCAGAGAUCGAUAUGGCUGAGUGGAAGGGAUCGGGCAAGAUCUCCUUCAACACAUUCAACACUUCGUCGGUUCUCUCUUGGAAGGAUGUGGCAUAUUCAAGCCCAGAUCAGUUCCACACCAUCAAGUGUGAGGUCCGCGAUAUCAACCAAAAAGACGUCUCAGCGAAAUUCUAUAUGGACGGUACCCUCAUUGCAACACAAGUGGGAGGUGGUUUCUUCGGGAAGGCAAUGUACCUAAUUAUCGACUUACAGAUGGAGGGCUCGUCCGGAUCGCCAGGUCCUACCACCGACACACUGUUCCAGGUGCGGAACCUGGAGGUUCUAAGCUACAACCCCUAGUUCGACAUCAAGGAAAUGUGCAAAGACGGAAGGUUUCCACCUACCAAACGACGGUUACUACGUUACGAAAUGAUCUUGAGCUGAGCUUACAUUCUUGUACAUAUGAUUGAGUGCUAGUUAU